CACCCAUUCAACUCUAACAGAUAAUGCACUCUUUCUUUCUUUUAUUUUCUUCUCUCUCUCUCUCUGUAGUUUGAACUAAGCGAGAAAUGGCUGUUGCUAUGGCUGCUUGCAGUCUUGGGCUUCACUUAACUACUGCUGACAACAGCUUCAGCAUCAGACCUCUGGAUAAAACCAUUAGCAUUGCUAAAACAUGUUACAUUCUUCACAAAACAAGAUGGUCAUCUUCGAGAAUUACAAUCAUCCGUCGAGCAACACCUCUAACCGAUGUGAUGAAGGAGGAUGGAAAUCAAGGUGAUGCGGAUGCUAUCGUUCCUACUCCCAUUGUCAUAAUAGAUCAAGAUUCCGAUCCAGAUGCAACCGUCGUCGAGAUUACCUUUGGUGAUCGCCUUGGCGCUCUUCUUGACACUAUGAAUGCGCUCAAAAAUUUAGGCCUCAAUGUUGUUAAGGCAAACGUUUUUCUCGACUCCUCUGGCAAGCACAACAGGUUUUCCAUUACCAAAGCUGAUACCGGAAGAAAAGUAGAAGAGGCAGAGUUGUUGGAGGCAAUCCGUUUGACAAUCAUAAAUAACUUGAUUCAGUAUCACCCGGAAUCUAGUGCCCAAUUAGCUCUGGGAGCAGCUUUUGGACUUGUGCCUCCAAAGGAGCAGGUAGAUGUGGACAUAGCGACCCAUAUAACAAUAUCUGACGAUGGCCCUGCUAGAAGUUUGCUGUACGUGGAGACAGCUGAUAGGCCCGGAUUACUGGUGGAUCUGGUUAAGAUCAUCACUGACAUUAACAUUGCUGUUAAAUCCGGGGAGUUUGACACAGAGGGGCUGUUGGCUAAAGCAAAGUUCCAUGUCAGCUACAAGGAUAAAGCCAUCAUCAAGCCUCUCCAGCAGGUUCUUGCCAACAGCUUGAGGUAUUACUUGAGGCGACCUUCAACGGAGGAAGCCAGUUUCUGAUCCAGCCAACGCCUAUGCCUGCGCUAAUGUUAUGGAUCGAUUGGUGGAAUGCGCGUAUAGCCUAUAAUAUCCAACUUCAUUCCAAUAGCAUGGAGAAAUUCAAGUGAAAUAUAGCAUGUCUUGGCAAUUUACAGUGCUGGACAUGUAUCAUAUGGGCAGCAAGAUAUUAAUAUGGAAGUAUGGAACCAAAUUUAAAGCCUGAUCCAUGCUCCUUACUAAUUACUAUGCUAUUGCUAUCACACCUCAGUUGCCAAAUGCCAACUCCUGUUAUUAGUUCUUAGCACUGUAUAAGUCCCAUUCCAUUAUUGAUGAUAUUUGCUUUAAUAUGUCA